UGCUUCAAAUUAGACCGUGCAUACCAACAAGACCUGUCACCGCUCUGUGGACACUUUUAGGCCUUUAUAGUAGUAGACCUACAUACUGUUACACCGCUGAUGAAUGGGAUCGCUCCUCCUACUCGCAUCAGUGUCCCCAUUGAGAUGCUGAAUUCUUAACGAGAAAACUGUUUUCUAUAUAUCAGAAACAAGUCGGUACUCAAUUGAAGAGGAGCGUCCGCUAUCUCACUGUCAUAAUUUCACCACCGUGUUUCGUUCAUCGCCAGAGCGUAACGACUCUUUUUUAAACGGGAUAAAUAUUGUUAUACAAAUCUGCACAGAUAUGUUAAAGUGGACUCUCUUUCUUGUUGUCACCGUUGCCACUUUUUUAACGCGUGGCGAUGCGCACGAAACCGGCAAUGAUCCUCACAUACAAUCCGAAUUUGACGAAGAUAAGGGGACUUUUACGUACAUUCUCAAGGUCCCUGACAGAAAGAAAGAGUCAAAAUGUGAGUGCCAUGAUCAACUACAAGUUCUACAAGAUCAACUAGAUAUCUUAACGCUUCGGUUCGAGAAGGUUCUUGGAAAGCUGAGCUCUGUAACACUCGGAGAAUCGCUGGGCCGAGUUGCAGAAGAAUUACAAGUGGAGCUCGGUUUUAAGCCAGAUGUCAACGGUAGUAAAACAAUUACUGAUGAACUUUCUCAGUCACAACGUGUUGCAGUAAACAGUACUGAAGAUGGUGUUACAGAAAAACCAAGCAGGCCUACUGAAUCUACCCCCGAGAAAGAAGAUCUAACGUCGGAGAACGGCACCGUAGUACCUGUCCAGGGGCCCGGCGAAUUGACUACUGUUCAUCUGAGAGUUAUUCGUCCAAAUAAUGAAAUGAAUGUUACAAAAAAACCAGUUAAUCCUGGUCAAGGUAGGGGGGAUGCACCAGUAAUUUCACAACAUUCAAAAGGUAAAGAAGCACACAAGAAUAAAGGUAAAGCGAAAUCACCCGAAAUCACCACUAACGAAAACGAUAUCAAACCAGGUCACACGGAAGGUAGCGCAGACGACGUUGGUUUGACUGUGGAACUUUCUCCGGAUAUCAUUAGACCAGCUAUUACUCUAGAGGAAAGUAUGAUCAACUUAAUCAAAGAAGAAGAAAAGAAAACGGCAUUAGUCCUUGCCAAGCAAAAUAUAAACGAUCCGUGUACCGGGGGAUGCGCCUGUUUCAACAUGACAACAGAGAGUGGUAUCUACUCCAUUAAGAGACCUGAAAAACUCAGUAAGAAAUCAACUCAUAUGAAGGUUUACUGUGAUAUGUCGACGGAUCAUGGUGGCUGGACAGUCAUCCAGAGACGAUUUGAUGGAACUGAGAAUUUCUUCCGUUCUUGGUCUCAUUAUGCCAGAGGGUUUGGGAACAAGAAUAGUGAAUUCUGGAUCGGGAAUAACUUCAUCCAUGCAAUGACAAGUAGCGGAAAAUACGAACUUCGAAUUGAAUUUGAAGACUGGGAAGGCCAGCAAGGCUUCGCUCAUUACGACGGGUUCCACAUCAUGGACGAAGAUCACAUGUACCGUCUGAUACUUGGAAAAUUUGUUGGCGGAAACAGAGGCGAUUCCAUGUCGUACCAUAACAACACGUUGUUUUCAACAAAGGAUCGAGAUAACGACUGGUUCUUCGGGAAUUGUGCUGUCUUGAGGAAAAGUGGUUUCUGGUUCAAGGAAUGCAACCAUGCUAAUCCCAAUGGAUUAUGGAUAGGCCAAGGAGAUGGAUCGGGAAGGAAUGGCGCGAUUAUCACAUGGGGUAGCUGGGGAACCUACGGAUACAAAUAUUGCAUGAAAUCAUUUAAAAUGAUGAUCAGACCUGAACAUUAUCGAUAAUCUAUUUAUCGAGUAUUGAUUAUCGAUUUUCGAUUUGUGAACAUCAUAAGAACCAAGGGAUUUUAUGAUUUAAAUUUGUUGUAAUUUUUGUACCUAUUUAUGAUGAAAUAAGAAAAGGAACAAAUUGGCACUAAUAUGCUCUGACUUUUAUGAAUAAUUGAAUCAAAUGAAAUUAUUCGCCAAGUUUCGAUUUGUUUAAACAAUUAUUUGAAACAAAAUAACAAUUACGGUAGACUAACACGAUAUUGUUGGCGUACGUAACAUAAAGAUAUAGAAUUCCAUUACCUAAGCAAACGUCGCAUUAGAUAAACUCAUUAAUUAUUUGUAAAAUCCAUAAAAUGUGAUCAACAUGAAUAUCACGCUGAUAAGAUAGGAUACCGCCCUCUGUAGCAUAUUAUUCUUGAAACUUUUAAGAAAUACGGUCUGAGAUGAGUCGCAAUCGCAAAACCCGAGGAAAUAAUGUUCCAAUAAUGUUGGAGCACAGAUACUAAUAUUGAGAUAUAGCGAGUGAUUGGAACAUGUGACUCAAUGUUUAAUCUACUGCAUUCCAUGUAGAUGUUACCACCGAUUAAAAUAAAUUACCUGGUUUUUACAUAUACUUAGAUGAUGUAUAUAUAUUUUUUAUUAACUAAAGUGUGGAAUAGACUUCAUAAAAGAUCAAUCAAUUCAAUAAUAAUAUAGUUUAAUAGAUCGAGACACGUGAUCAAUAGAUUAAAUUUCCGAACUGAAUAUCAAUAAAUACACUAUGUUUUAAA